AUGAAUUUUGCUGGGUCCUCGAAGCUGAGCAGCCACAGUGAAUGUCGACCGCAUUUAGCGCGCCGUAGCAGGCUCCGGGCUCAACAUGUCUGCGCAAUCGCAGAGUAGCACGCGGCAGCUAGACGCCUUUCAGGAGCUUGCGCGGAAUGCGUGGCUUGGUAUGACAUCAUGGUUGACGAGAGCUGUCGAGCAACAGCACCACACCACCGGUCGGACCUCUUUCAACGCGGCUGUGCGGGCUCUUCCCUGCUUUCUGGUAGCACUCUGACCGGGGUAGCUUCGGUUACUUAAUUCCCCUCCCUUCUGUGCGCCCCUUCCCUUGCUCCUCUUCUUCAAUUGCUCCCACUUGAAGUCUCCUACAAUUGCCCCUCGCUCAACUGAGCCCGCGGAAAAGGAGGCGGUCGACACCAUGGCGGAUCAGCAGCAGCAGAAAGCGCCCGGAGGCCAUUACUCCGGCGCCAAUCCCGUUCCGACCGUGAGGAAGUUCCUCGAGAAUCUGGACAAGGACAAAGCAGCGAGAGAUCGCAAGCUGGAUGAGGAGGCUGCAGGACAGCAGAAGCAAGCUGCUCCGGGCGGACAGCCUGUCCCACAUCGACCCCAAAAGGCGGGUAUCUCGGGGACACAGAAGACUGUCACGGAUCCGACCACUGGCAAAGAGGUCGUCAUUGAGGAUGUCAGCAAGUCCAUGAUGGACCAGGUCGAAAACCCUCAUCUCUCGGUCCCCAAUGCCAACCUGCAGAAAGACACCCCUAUCAAGACGGAUCCCUCUCAGUCCCUAGAGGAGUACAAGCAAAAUCAAGAUGUUACGGCACCGCCCGAUCCGAUCGCCGAAGGUACGACUUCUGAUGUGCCCAUCCAUGGAGAGAAGACCAACAUCCUCUUCCAUCCAACGCCGUCCGUCAGUUACGAGCCGACCUUCGCCGCCCUGGAGAAGCGAGCCGGUAUCCUUUGCAUCGGCAUACUUGUGACCACAGUCGUGGUGGGGAAGCUGUUUGGAGGUGCGCUAAAGGGGCUGAUACCACUGGGAAUGUGCUUGUCCUCCGGAAUCUGGCUGUGGAUGAAAGAGGUAGUACGCAGUGGAAGAGAGGUCGAGUGGCAUAGUGAGCAGACUCGAGGACAGAUGGCUACGGCAAAUCUGCUGCCCGAAUCGGUGGAGUGGAUGAACACUCUCAUGUCCAUAGUCUGGGGCCUGAUCAAUCCUGACAUGUUUCAAGGGGUUGCAGAUACCCUUGAAGACGUGAUGCAAGCAUCAGUCCCCAGUAUUAUCGAGAACGUACGAGUUGCUGAGAUCAAUCAAGGCAGCAACCCUCUCCGAAUUCUCAGCUUGCGGGCGCUUCCGGACUCUCACAUGAAGGAUCUCAAACAGUCGAUCCACGAGGAGAACAAGAAAACAAAGGACCCCCAAGAAGCUGCUGCCGAUGAGGAAGGAGGAGAUUUUUACAACCUGGAAGUGUCCUUCGCCUACCACGCAAAGCCCAGCGGAAAGCGAGCCUCCGAAAAGGCACGGAAUAUGCACAUGCAGCUGGUGUUCUACCUUGGGAUUAAAGGUCUCUUUGGUGUUCCUCUUCCGAUUUUCGUCGAACUCCAAGGCCUCGUCGGCACGGUACGCCUGCGAAUGAACAUGACUCCGGAACCUCCGUUCCUCAAGACCCUGACCUUCACCCUCAUGGGCGCUCCUCAGGUCGAGGCAGGGUGUAUCCCAAUGGUUGAGAAGGGCGUCAACAUUCUAAAUCUACCCUUGAUCAGCAACUUCGUCAACUAUGCAAUUAAGGCCGCUGCUAGUAUGUACGUUGCUCCGAAGUCCAUGUCUAUCGAUAUGCGGGCCAUCCUUCAAGGAGAUUCCGUGCAGAAAGAUACCGAAGCCCUUGGUGUCAUGUGGAUCCGUAUUCAUCGCGCAGUAGGACUUAGCAAGCAAGAUCGUAGUGGCUCCAAACACGGCGGGAGCGACCCCUACAUUACCUUGGCGUUCAGCAAAUACGGCAAGCCAAUGUACUGCACGCGCGUUAUCACCGACGACCUCAAUCCUAUCUGGGAAGAGACGGCUGCACUCCUCGUAACUCCGGAACUGAUCAAGGCCGACGAGAACCUCAGUGUUGAACUAUGGGAUUCGGAUAGGCACAGUGCCGACGAUAUUGUCGGCAAGGUGGAGCUAUCUAUGCAGAAGAUGAUCCAACAUCCCGGUAAGAUGUACCCUCAGAGCUCCAAGCUUGCCGGUAUGGAUGCUGGAAGCGACAUGCCGGGCGAGCUGCAUUGGGAAGUGGGCUACUUUGGAAAACCCAAGUUCCGCCCGGCCUUAAAAACAGAUGGCAAGAAUCAAUCACUUCCCGCCGAGUUGAGGGACAAGCCCGAAUUCCAAGACGAGAAGGGCACCAUAAAUUCAGAGGAGGAUGACGCUGUCAUGCACACACCACCCGACCCGCUUUGGCCGAGCGGUAUCUGCAGCAUCAUCGUUCACCAGAUUGUAAAUCUGGAGCUUGAGAACGUUAAGGGGACUGUCGGUUCACGCAAGGGUCGUGAGUAUGAACCUGCAAAACCGUAUGGAGAGUCCACCGAGGAGACAGGGGGCAAUCUACCGACAAGCUACUGUACCAUUCUCUUCAACGAUCAGCUGGUGUACCGAACGCGUUCGAAGGCGGUAUCCUCUCAGCCUAUCUUCAAUGCCGGAACCGAACGCUUCAUCCGGGAUUGGCGCUCUGCUAUCAUCACGGUCGCCGUCCGCGACCAGCGCAACCGUGAGCACGAUCCUAUCCUGGGUGUUGUUCCCUUGAAGCUUUCGGAUGUUCUUGACACGUCCUCGCAAGUCACUCGCUGGUACCCUCUCGAUGGCGGCAUUGGUUUCGGCCGUAUUCGAAUCUCGCUUCUCUUCCGCAGCAUUGAGACUCGUCUCCCUCCGAACAUGCUGGGUUGGGACGUCGGCACCUUCGAAUUCCGCUCUGACCGUAUCCUUGCCGUAGGCUAUAAUCAUGCCGCCAAGCUGCGCCUUAGGACCGGCGGUAGCACGGGCAAGAUCGGUCGCUCUGGUGCUCACAAGCUCGACGAGGGCGAUGGUCACUACUGGGACUUGACGGAGCGCGAUGGUAAGAACAAUGUGCGCCUACCUGUCAAAUAUCGAUACCGGUCGCCUAUCGUGUUCGAGUUCCAUAUCGCCAACAAACGCAAGCCGGAUGCUUAUGCGGUUAUCUGGCUGCAGCACUUCGUAGACAACGAGGCCGCGGAUAUUAACAUCCCCAUUUGGACUACUAGCCACCCUGCUCGUCUCACGCAGAACUAUAUCACUGAGGAAAACUGCCAGAAGGAGCCUGGCUUGGAAGACUUGCAAGAGGUUGGUCGUCUGCAGUUCCGCGCCCGCUUCAAGGCCGGGACGGACGAGUCGCACGCUCAGUUCGCCGUGGAUAAUGACUCACGCGAGACCUACGAGACUUGGGAAGCCUGUCUCACAGAAGGUGUCCGUAACCGCAAAGUCGACAAGGAGCUGCCAGACCGCGUGCAGCAAUUGCAUGACGAGUCCCUCACCCAAGGGCGCGAUAUUCUCAAGAACGCGGGCGAGGAAGAGAAGAAACAGUGGCUUGCGAAAGACGGCGCCGACUGGUCAGGCGCCUUCGGUCAUGAUCCGAAAGCCUACAUGGACACCAAGGGCAAGAAGAAGAGGGAGCCCGGCGUUGACGAGCCACUCCACGACCCAUAUCACCCCUCUGAUGACGAAGACAAUGACGAGGAUGAAGACGAGUCGCAGUCGUCGUCAGACCUCGGCGUCGAAGAUGCUGAUACCGUAGGCCACGCACAGAACAUGAGCGGCGGACCCGGCAGUGGCAACCAGUCCAAAGCCAACGCCAACGGCGGUCUCCAACACCAGAACACAGACCUCUCGCCCAACGAUCCUCGCGCGUCUGAGAGCACGUCUCGCACUGACUCCACUGCCGAUACGGAUGGGACCAUGAGCGGCAAGGAUGUGAACAAGCAGAAUAAGAGGGCCGAGGAGCGAAAGCAGCGCGGCUUGAUGCAGUGGAAGCCUGCGAGGAACGUUCGGUUCGCGAAGGAUCAGGGCAAGAUUGGACUUUCGAAGCUGAAGAAGAAGGUGACGGGCGGUUUGGAGGGAAGGCAGCCUGGUGUGGAGACUGAAACUGGAUCUUAAUCUCUAAUAGACUUGAUGGGCUCUGGAUGGGAAGGUAAGAUGCUGGGGCAGUGUCUGCUUCGAGAGCUUCAAGACUGCGGAGGCGAGAGUGCGGGCGGUGUG